AUGCUUCCAGAAACCCACAAAGACAAUCGUGUCAAGUGUGCCGAGUGGUUUUUUCGAGAAUGCGCCGAGAAUACUGAAGAAUUCUUGGACUCCAUUAUUACGGGAGAUGAAACGUGGUGUCACUACGUUACUCUGGAAACAAAAGAAGACUCAAAACAAUGGCGCCAUUCCAGGUCGCCGAAGCCGAAGAAGUUUAAGCAGACGCUGUCCGCAGGAAAAGUGAUGGCUACGGUGUUUUGGGACCGAAAAGGCGUCUUGCUUACCGAGUUUAUGCCUAAAGGGACCAUAAUAAAUUCGGACAUGUACUGCGAUACGUUAAGAAAACUCAAAAGAGCCAUCCAAAAUCGCCGGAGAGGAAGAUUGAGCAAGGGCGGUAGGAUGCACCACGACAACGCGCGACCGCAUGUCUCUCGACAGACCACCGCCUAA